GUUUUUUCUGAAUUUGCAAGUUCGCGCUUUUGUAGUGCUUGGUUUGGUUAUGUUUGUUGUUCAUCGUAGUCAGGUACAACUGUAGUUCUGAAUUUCGUACUGACAGUCGGAUUAAAAAGACUCACACAUAGCUAGCGAUUAUCCAAAACCCUUAGCUUCUUUGGACUUCGACAACCUAUCAGAGUUUCCAGAGAUGCCGAUCGAUGUCUGUUUAUCUCUACCACUUAUCGACAGGGUGAAAGAACUUAAUAAUAUUUUUGCCCGUGGAAAUUUACAGGAGCUCCACAAUUCGGUUGUUCUGGUUGUCGACAAUAUAUUCGGUUAUUCAUGUGGUACAGAAGGCUGGGCUUUACAUGCUGUUAACGAAGCUGAUGAGCCACAUUUGUUUGGUUCUAUUCGAGAGUUCCUCUCGCCCAACGGGAGAUUUUUGGAGGUUUUGUCCAGUAGAUUAACCCUUGAAUUCCCAUCAGUCUAUCAUGAUUUCCCACUUUGGCUUUUAUCAACAGAUUCGCAAAACUCUGUUUGGUCAGGUGGUUGCAAACAACCACGAACUCAUUUGUCGUUAAAUGCAUUUACCUACUAUAUGUUCGCUUUCAUGUGUUAUGCAUCGUACCCUAAAUGGAAACAGGAACUUGCGUUAUGCGAUUUCGAAAACAGUUUAUACCGUACCUUAUUUGAUGAUUACUUAGGCUUUUACUUAUAUACUGACCCAACCACAGUAAAUGUAAUGGCUUCUAAAUUUCACAUUUUAAGAGCUGGUUUGCAGACACCUGGAUACCAGAAGAAUUUUUCCAAUGAAUUUGUUGGGGAGUAUAUGAAUGGAUCUACGGAUACUUGCUUUCCCGACUUUCGCUUAUUUUGGCAAACAGAGGCAGUAUUACAAGCCGUUUGCGAAUUUCUUCUAUCAUGGAGAGCAACUGAUUAUUUUAAUGGCAUUUCCGAUCUACCUAAAAACACAUCUGUGAUUCCGUCACCCCCAUUAAAUCAUACUGAGUUCUCAACUAAACCGACUGUAUGUCAACUAUUUCUGGUGAGGUGUUUCCUAAAAUAUUUCUACUUUGCAUUGUUCAAUAAUACAAAUUCAAACUGUUUCCAAAUAUUGCAGCAACAGAUAAUAUGGAACAAAUUUCUCAAUUAUCGAAAAUAUUUAUACAAUAAUCAAGGCGUGAUAGUGUCACCAGAAUCAUCCAUACCGCAUCACAAUAUUAUGAAUCGAUUUUCACGGUUUAUUGUUUACUGUUUUCAACAUUGGCCUUUUGAUUUAAGUUUUGAAGUCGUGCUUGAGACGUGGCUCUCUAGUAUUCAACCUUGGCGUUACUCAGGAUUUCCGCAGCUACAUACUGGUACUCGCUUUUCAUCUAUACCAUGGGAUGCACCCUUAAAUUUAAAAAUUGAUAAUGAGAAUUAUUCUGAUUGGUUGACAUUUGUUGCCCGUCAUUACAGCCUUUAUGUUGGUUUACUCUUAUUAUUUAUGGAAAGAGUUACUAAAAUUGAUUUACGUGUGUCUCGAAAUGCUCAUAUGGUUUAUCGUGUGACAAAAGUGUUUUCUCAGGAUGGAUUUAAAAUGCUACUACUGAAUACUGAAAAAAUUUUGUCCGAACAACAACAAGACGCUACUUUAUCCAAUGUAAUAGUAUCUGAAUAUCAAAGGGAACAAAGUGGCCUCUGGAAUCCUGUAAUAAUUAGUACUGUUGAAAGGGUUUUAAAUUGUAUGAUGAUUACAAAAGUAAAUUUGCAAUCUGAAGUAAUAAAAAAGAUGGACAAAUUUUUAUCAGAUUCUAACGGAUGGUUUGAUAAAUUUACUAAAUGGUUAUGUAGUUUCCUGAUAUUUGAUAUGGAUAACUCUGACGAAAGUGUCAACAAAUGUAUAUUCUAUUUAACAGAAGGAAUACAUUCAUUACGAGAAUUCUUUGCUAUUCAAGAAACUUUCGAAGCUGUACAUGAUAUUUCCUUGAAACCACCACCGAAUGGUCGUAUACAGUGGGAUGAUUUAUCGGCUAGUCCGAUACUUACACGACCUCACCUAAAAUCUCCGCCAACCUCGUCGAAAUCUCCUAGUGUUGAACACCCUUAUAAAGAUAAUUUAUCUCCAAGUGAUUUUUCUAAUUCAUCUUGGAAUAUAGACGCAUGUUCGAUGCCCAAAACAUUCGUAAAUAGCCAUGAUUCAUCAAGAUAUUAUACAAAGCUCACACCGUUGGAUCGUUUCCAGAUUAUAAUGGGUGUAAAACGUCCAUAUGUUUGUCAACAAUUAAUAAAUCGUGAAUAUGCAUCGACCAUGAAUGCAUCAUAUGAAAAUCGUUACAUACUUACAGUAUGCAAAUAUUUAGAAAAUAAGUUUACUGAAAUGCUGGAAGCUGAUUUGUUCUCUCCCACAAAGGGCUGUUGCUGAUGGUAUCCGGCCAGUGGAUGUUGAGUAUCUUGCGAAGACAGCUAUUUAUAAAUACUUGUACCUUCUAGAUGGUGGUUGUUGUAGUUCUCCAAGUUUCAGCUUCAUACAGUAGAACUGCCUUGACGUUGGUAUUGAAGAUUCUCACUUUGAUAUUGAUUGAAAGUUGUUUUGAGUUCCAUAUGUUCUUCAAUUGUAGGAAUGCGACCCUUGCUUUGCCGAUCCUCGCCUUUACGUCUGCAUCCGAACCUCCUUGUUCAUCGAUGAUGCUUCCCAGGUAUGUGAAGGAUUCUACAUCUUCCAGAGUUUCGCCGUCAACAGUGAUUGGAUUACUGUUUUCCGCUUUGAAUUUGAGGACCUUGGUUUUCCUUUUGUGUAUACUGAGGCCUACUGAUGCGGAGACUGCUGCUACAUUGGCUGUCUUCAUCUGCAUCUGUACGCGAUAGGAGGGCUAGGUCAUCUGCGGAGUCCAAAUCGUCUAAUUGAUUCUGAGCUGUCCAUUGUAUUCCGUGUUUUCCUUCAGAUGUCGAGAUCGUCAUAAUCCAGUCGACCACCAGAAGAAAGAGGAAGGGGGAGAAUAAACAGCCUUGUCUGACUCCGGUCCUUACUUGGAAUGCAUCUGUCAGCUGUCCUCCAUGCACGACCUUGCACUGUAAUCCGUCGUAUGAGUUCCGGAUAAUAUUGACAAUCUUCUCAGGAACUCUGUAGUGUCGAAGAAGUUUCCAUAAUGUCCUCCUAUCUACACUGUCAAAUGCCUUUUCAUAAUCAAUGAAGUUGAUGUAUAGUGAUGAGUUCCACUCAACUGAUUGUUCGACGAUGAUCCGUAGUGUUGCAAUUUGGUCUGUGCACGACCGAUCCUUACGGAAUCCAGCUUGUUGAUCUUGAAGUUGGGCGUCUACUGCAUCCUUCAUCCGGUUCAGCAACACUCUGUUAAAGACUUUCCUUGGUAUUGACAGUAGUGUGAUUCCUCUGUAGUUUUCACAUUUGCUCAGGUCUCCUUUCUUUGGAAUCUUGAUGAGGUGUCCUUCUUUCCAGUCCAUCGGCACUUGUUCCUCCUCCCAAAUUUUUUUGAAUAGAAGGUGAAGGAUGUUUGUAGUUACUUCGAUGUCUGACUUCAGUGCUUCAGCUGGUAUGUUGUCAGGUCCUGUUGCUUUCCCACUCUUGAUUUGUCUGAUGGCCAUUCUGAUUUCUUCCGUCGUUGGUGGGUUGACAUCUAUGGGAAGAUCUGUGUGUGCUGCUUCGAUGUCCACUGGAUUGAUUGGAAUCGACCUUUUCAGGAGUUCCUCGAAGUAUUCUACCCAUCUGUUCCUCUGUUGUUGAAUUUCGGUGAUUGGCUUGCCUUCUUUGUCUUUGACCGGUCUCUCUGGUUUACUGUAUUUCCCUGCUAGUUUCUUCGUUGUAUCGUAAGGCUGUUUCAUAUUUCCUUCUCUAGCAGCUUUUUCCGCCGUCGUUGCUAAUUCUUCCACGUAUUUCUUCCUGUCGACUCUAAUGCUCCUCUUUCGUUGCUUGUUUGCUUCUAUGUAUUCAGCUCGUGCUUGGACUUUCUCUGCUCGUGUUCGGCUGUUGUUAAUUGCUGCCUUCUUGUUCUUCCUUUCUUUGAUCUUGUCCAGUGUUUCUGUAGAGAUCCAUUACUUAUGAUGGUGUUUCUUUAGGCCCAGAACCUCUUGACACGUUGAAGUUAAUGCUUCUUUGAUGCCUUUCCAAUUGUCCUCCAUAGUAUUUUCUUCUCCCUUCAGUAGAUCUUGUAAGGCUUGGAACCUGUUGUUGAGAGCUAUCUUGAAUUCGCUGAGUUUGUCAGUAUCUCGAAGGAAGGCUUUAUUGAACCUUUGUAGUGUUGUUUGUCCAGUUGUCCAGUUCUUUUUCAGCUUCAGUUUUAAAUUGGCUACAACUAGGUGGUGAUCUGAAGCUAUGUCAGCACCUCUCCUGGUUUUCACAUCUUCCAUUGUCCUUCGGAAUUUUUUGUUGAUGCAAAUAUGAUCUAUCUGGUUCUCUGUAGUGUGGUCCGGUGAGAUCCAUGUAGCCUUGUGUAUACGCUGCAUCCAGGCACUACAUUAUAUACGGAUGAUUGGAGAGAAUACAGCCUCAUACAUAGGCUUGGUUAUGUGCAUCGUGUCAUUAUCCACAAGUAGCAUUUUGUGUACUCAACAACCUGGGAGCUCACAAACAAUAUUGAAGCUAUAUGGUCGAUGCUGAAAGAGUUUUUCAGACUUUAUCAUGGCUCCAGAGGCCGACUAUUCUGUAGCCAUAUGGAUGAUUUCCUCUACUGCAUGCAUUACUAUUUUAGAACCUCUGAACCUCUUCUUAACAUUGACAAGUUUUUGAACCAUGUAAAAGUAGUGUAUCCAUUUUAUUUCUUUGAUUUUGUAUAAUAUAUUUUUACUCUAUAUUGACUGUUUGCUGAUUGGCUAGUAUUUAUCAAGAUCACUUGAGAUUCGUUCAAAGUUUGUCCAUGAAUUUAUAGUCUAGUGGUUUUGUUAUUCUGUAUUUCCAGAUGAAACAACACUUUAUUCGCUGGUGUUCAUUGUCAGGUAUUCGAGGAAGAUUUGCACGUCAAUUAUUACUUCCAUCAUCAUAUCCCAAACAACAUGAAUCGCAGAGUUUUUUAAUAACGAAUAAUCCCCGAUUAUCUUUUCGUUUUUUGGCAAAUUAUUAUGUUUUAUUACGAAUUAUUUUCUUGUAUAUAUUUAGCUAUUUUUUAUCCGGUAUAAGUUCACCAUUAUUGUAUAUAGUGUGUUUAAUUGUUUUAUAUUUGUUUUAUGAAUUUGUUAUAACCUUGUUUGAGUUAUGUCAUGAGAAAGUGAAACGCAUUUAAAAGAUAGUCGUUUUUAUUGUUCUGUUCAUAUAUAUAUGAUGUUUGUUCAGUUCUCUUGUACUCUCACUGUGUAUAUGAAUGUACAUUAUAUUUACUCGACAACUGAAUUGUAAAACAUCUUAGUUCCGACUAUU